UUUUUUCUCCGACAAAUGAUCAAACAAUCACAAUUUUACUAACUAACCCAUUAAAGAAAAAUUAGACACCAAAUCAAAAUUGAAAUAAACAGUCCCAAAGUACAAUCCCAUGUCUUCUUAAACCCUAAUCCCCUACUUCAAAUUCCCCCCAAAACAAAAUGAACCACCUAUCACUCUCAGCCUCAAAGCACCUCCUUAAACCCCAACCCUCCAAAACCCAAUCCUCCGUCGUUCUCCUCCUCCUCAACCACCAAUUCUCCACCGAUUCCGAUCCCAAUCCCAACCCCAAACCCAGCAAACAACCCCACGAAGAUGACUCGCUAGUAACCCAAGUCGUCCAACUCCUCGAAUCCGAUGAAAAAGACUGGAACUUGGACCAGCUCCGCCACCUCCUCUUCUCCGACUCCGCCGCCGCUCCUUCUCCUCGCUCUCUCUUCCGCAUCACUCGCCGCCUCAACACUUCCUCCAAAGCCCUCAAGUUCUUCGACUACGUUUCCGAGAAUGUGGCAACCUCACCGGACUCGGCGGCGGCGGCGGCCUCGCUCUCUUCAUCAUUCCAGGCCGUUCUCGAGCUCGCUGAGCGAGAACCCUACUCGCAAACUAGGCUUUUCGACAUGUAUAAGAUGGCGAAAGAGCGGAACAUUCCGGUUAAUAUGGGCGCCGCUGUUCUGCUAGUUCGAUCGCUGGGCUUUGCUGGUAUGGUGGAUGAGGCGGUCAACGUGUAUAACGGUCUGGACCCCGGUUUGAAGAAUACCCAUCUUCGCAAUUGGGUGAUUAGUGUGCUGUUGAAAUGGGGACGGGUCGAUGAUGCACUGAAGGUGCUCGACAAAAUGUUUGAUCCAAAUGCAGAGUUCCGGGUUGACAGUGUUACUGCUGAUAUUGUGCUUUCCUCUUUGCUGAAGAGAGAGUGGCCCGGGAGGAGCGUCAGUGAGGAGGACAUUGUGGGUUUGGUGCAGAAAUUUGGGGAGCAUGGUGUGUUUCCUGAUAGUUUGAAACUUACGAAAUUGAUCACGUCGUUGUGUAGGAACAGGAACACUAGUCGGGCUUGGGACGUUUUAUAUUACAUUAUUAAUUCUGGUGGUGCUGUAGAAGCUGCUUGUUGCAAUGCGCUUUUGACAGGUUUGGGAAGAGUUAAAGAUUUUAAGAGGAUGAAUGAGCUUAUGGUAAAGAUGAAAGAAAUGGACAUCCCUCCCAAUGUUGUAACUUACGGUAUUGUCAUUAACUGUUUGUGCAAGUCUAGGAGGGUGGAUGAGGCCUUGGAGUUGUUUGAAAGGAUAAGUGGAGGAGGAGAGAAACCUGAUGGGAUUUCGGCUGAACCCGAUGUGAUCAUUUUUAACACUCUGAUUGAUGGACUUUGUAAAGUGGGAAGGCAAGAAGAAGGAUUACGUCUGAUGGAAAAAAUGAGAUUGCAAGAUGGCUGUGCACCUAAUACUGUUACCUACAAUAGUUUGAUUGACGGUUUCAACAAGGUUGGGGACAUCGAGAGGGGUCGUGAGCUCUAUGAUCAAAUGAAGGAGGAAGGUAUACCGCCAAGUGUAGUUACUCUCAAUACUUUGGUUGAUGGUCUCUGUAAACAUGGGAGGCUCAACAGCGCACUGGAGUUCCUUAAUGAAAUGCAGAGGGAUGGUAUAAAAGGCAAUGUCACAACGUACACGAUGCUAAUCACUUCCUUUUGUAAUGUAAACAAUAUUGGCAUGGCAAUGGAACUGUUUGAGCAAAUGUUAAGUUCUGGAUGCUCCACAGAUGCAAAAGUUUACUACCGCUUGAUCUCUGGUUUAAGCCAAGCCAGAAGGAUGGAUGAUGCCAACAUUGUUGUAUCAAAGUUGAAGGAGGCCGGGUUCUCCCUGGAUGUCAUUGCCUUCAAUGUUUUGAUCAACGGGUUCUGCAAGACAAAAAAACUCGAGAAGGUGCAUGAGAUGAUCCAGGAAAUGGAGACAGCUGGAGUAAAGCCUGAUAGCAUCACAUACAACACGCUGAUUUCAUAUUUGUGCUCAGCUGGGGAACUAACAACUGCUCAUAGAGUCCUGAGCAAGAUGAUAAAUGAGGGCCUUGUUCCAACUGUUUUCACUUUUGGAUCAUUGAUUCAUGCAUAUUGUUUGAAGGGCGAUACAUACAAAGCCAUGAAGAUCUUCAGAGACAUGGGUUCUAAGUGGAGUGCUCCUCCCAACACAGUAGUAUACAACAUCUUAAUAGAUUCUUUAUGCAAGAAUAAUGAAGUGGACGUCGCAUUUUCGUUGAUGGAUAGUAUGAAAAAUAAGGGAGUGAGACCUAAUACCUUGACAUUCAAUGCCAUGUUCAAAGGUCUUAAGGAGAAUAAUUUGCUGGAGAAAGCAUUUAAAUUAAUGGAUCAAAUGAUUGAACAGGCAUGUAAUCCGGAUUAUAUAACCAUGGAGAUCCUGACCGAAUGGCUUUCUGCUGUUGGUGAAACCGAAAAGUUGAGAAGGUUUGUGCAAGGAUAUGAAGUUGCUGCUUCCACUGCAUAGAGUAUCUGCACUUAGAGAAGGAUGAGAGCAUCGAUUAUAGAUUGUCAGCCGUUCUCAGGAGAAAGCAUAACUGCUUAACUGAGUCUUUGUUUCCACCCUUCCGUGUUGAGAUUAGGCCACGUAACAUUGCAGCGAAUGAGUUUAUAUUGGUUCCCAUUUCCUUGUAUGAAAACACUAUGGACUCGUUUGGAUGUGUUUUUAAAAUGACUGAAAACGAUUUUGGUGAAAAUGUUUUUGAAACCAAUCCUUAGUAAAAAUCCAAGUGGAUCCUGAAAAAACACUUUAAGUGCU